AUGGUUAGACGAUGUGAAAGCGUAGUACUCUGUCCUACAGCAACAUGGCAGAGAAACGCCACAACCGUUGCUGGAUCCAGUACAGCUACAUCCGGUUCGAAUUCAACAACACUCAAUGGACCAAAUGCCGUGGAUGUUGAUAAUAAUUCGAACAUAUAUGUUCUCGAUAGUGGUAACUACCGUGUACAACGUUUCCUUUCGAACUCAGCUAUUGGAACAACAAUUAUCAAUGGCAGUUUGGGCAAUGCACUCAAUCAGUUUAAUACUCUGGAUGAUAUAAGCAUAGAUAACAAUGGUAAUAUCUAUAUACUCGAUGGUGGUAAUGGCCGUGUAAUGAAAUGGACACCAGGAGCCUCGUCAGGUGUAAUUGUUGCUGGUGGAUAUGGUAUUGGUAGUAAUGUAAGUCAGUUAAAUGAUGCUAAAGGAAUGCUCUUGGAUAUGAAUACAUCAACAAUUUGGAUCGCUGACACUGAUAAUCACCGUAUAGUGAAGUGGAUUUCACCAACAAGUAGCAUGGUAGUUUGUGGUAGUUUUGGAUCUAAUAGCAAUCAAUUUUAUUAUCCAUAUGGGUUAUUUAUUGAUACAAGUAAUUCAAAUACACUUUAUGUAGCAGAUACAUUUAAUCAUCGGAUUCAGCAAUGGUUAGCUGGUGCUACUCGGGGUACGACACUAGCUGGAAUAACAAGUUAUUAUGGCACUGGUUUGAAUCAAUUGUGGUGUCCAACGGCAGUAAUAGUGGAUAAUUAUCGAAAUAUGUUCAUCACCGAUGUCACCAACAAUCGUAUUUUACGAUGGGCUAUUGGAACAAGUUCAGGAACGAUCAUCGCAGGAGAUUUGACUUCUGGAUCAGCAUCAAACUUGCUGAAUAUUCCCAUGAAUAUGGACUUCGAUUCAAAUGGAUCUUUAUUUGUUGUAGAUAAAUCGAAUAACCGAAUUCAAAAAUUUCUUAUUUCUUGUCCGUAUGUAGAUAACACUUCAACAACAGUUUCACCAUUGACUACAUCUGCAUCUGUGCCGAAUAUUAACUUCUCGACGUCGCUUUGGUUACCUAAUGGAACGACAAUCGCUGGUUCACCUGUAGGUUUGAGUGGAAGUUCAUCAACAUAUUUGAAACAACCUGCGGAUGUUACCAUAGAUAAAAAUGGCAUACUCUAUGUGUUAGAUUCAAGUAAUUAUCGUGUUCAACGUUUUCUCCCAGGUUCUACAAUUGGAACAACAGUAGUUUAUGGCAGCGCUGGCGCCGGACUGAAUCAGUUUGCCUACAUGGAUGGUUUCAAUGUAGAUGCCAAUGGUGCUAUUUAUAUUGUCGAUCAUGGUAAUAAUCGUGUCGUGAAGUGGUUACCUGGCGCAACGAACGGAACAAUCGUUGCCGGAGGUUAUGGAAGCGGAAAUGGUGCAAAUCAGCUGAGUUCUCCAGACGGGAUAUUCAUACCAAACAAUUCAUCAACUAUCUGGAUAGCUGAUACCGCCAAUCAUCGCAUCGUAAGAUGGAAUUCUUCGACAACGGGUACUCCUAUUUGUGGAAGUUAUGGAUCAGGCUCAAAUCAAUUCUACUAUCCAUUCGGAUUAUUUGUUGAUACAAAUGCGUCGAAUACGUUGUAUGUUGCUGAUACAUAUAAUCAUCGAAUUCAACGAUGGUUGUCAGGAGCAACCAAUGGAACAACUGUUGCAGGACAAACAAGAGUUUGUAGUAAUGGAUACAAUCAGCUAUGUAAUCCAACGGCUGUUAUUGGAGAUAUGAAAGGAUUUAUCUACAUUGUCGAUCGUUCUAAUAGUCGUAUUAUGAGAUGGAUGAUAGGAUCAAGUUAUGGCACUGUUAUAGCUGGAAGUUCAACAAUGGGAGCAUUGCCAAAUCAAUUUUACUAUCCAAAGAAUCUACGGAUCGAUGCCAACGGAUCUUUAAUUGUUGCUGAUACUUCUAACAAUCGCAUUCAGAAAUUUUCUCUGCUUUGUGCAUUAUGUGUCAAUAUUACAACAACAAUAUCGAUUAUUUCUACAACUCAAUCACCGUCAGAUUCAACUUCAACAGCACCGUCUUUCUUGACUGACAUCUCUAGUUCGACACAGGGAACACCGAGUGACACAUUAUUAGAUUCAUCAGUGAUGUCCAUUGUCUCUUCUAUUGCGACCAGUUCUACACCAGGAAUAGCAAGUGCAGCGUCACCAGUCCCAUCAGUGAUGUCCGACUCUUCUAUUCCAACUUCGACAGAAGAAAUGACAACUGGAACAGCACCCUUAGUAGUUUCCAUUUCUUCUUCGUUGAGUUCGACACAAGAAAUAGCAAUCAGUACACCAGCAGGUUGGUCAAUGGCAUCUGCUUCUACUGCAACUACGGGCUCCAUAUCGGAAAUCAUAAGUGGAACAGCAAUAUAUUCGUCGAUAGUGACCACGUCGUCUCUUUCGUUGAGUUCGACCACAGGCUCACCGGUGAGAUCCGAUUCGUCUACCUAUUCCACUUUGAUAUAUGCGGGGACAAAUGAAAUAACAGUAGAAGAUUCAUUAAUAAUACUCUCUUCUUCUGCUACUCCGACAUCAGAAGCGGUGAAUGGAACAACGACAGGUUUGCAAGCGGUAGUCGACUCUUCUACUUUAACCUCGACGGAAAAAAUGACAACCGGAACAGUAACAGGUCCACCAAUAGUAUCGGCCAUUCCUCCCACGCCUACUAAUUUACCAUCAGGAAUGACAAGCGAUAGAACACUAGAUCUAUCAGUAGCAUCUACUUCUUCUGCUUCUCCGAGUUCGACACAAGGAAUGGCAAUUAGUUCAACGGCAGGUUCAUCAAUUUUAGUCACUUCUCUUACUCCUCCUAGUUUCGUUCCGACGACGACAGGCGCAACAACCGAACGCUCACUAACACUUACUUCCUUUUCUUCUUCGAGUUCGAUUCCAGUGACAGCAAGCGUUUCUUCAAUAGUAUCUACCUCUUCUUUUAUUGCAAGUUCAACAUCUAAUAUAGCAAACAUAGCACCAACACACUCAUCAACAAUAUUCACUUCAUCACUCUCUCCAAGCUUAAAACCACAUAUAACAAGUGGAGCAGCAGCAAGUAUAGUUGCCGAUUGUAUUAGUAUAAAACACUUAUGCAGAUGCCAAUUAAUAGUGCUUCUUUCAAUUCUUCAUUUUAUCGACAAUUGA